GCUGAGGAGGCACCUGAAGAAUUUGCAGUGUGGGCCAAGGUGGGACGGUCCUACACAGGGUGCGCGCUCCUGUCUCCAUAUCACUGACACUAAAAGUAAUUCUCCGGCUCCACGAGACGGACAUGCGUUGCGUGCGCACGAGCAGGGAAGAAAAGCUCCGAACAUGCACGCCGAUAACCAUCAAAUGACACCAAACACGUGCUGUCAUAUUUAGCUGGUCUGGAUCCAAAAUUAAUUCCGAGCGUAAGCUUUCUCGCCCACCGGAGUGACUUGCUACAGCUAACAGCCUGUUUUGUUUUUGUACCCUGCAGUCAGUUGCUGGGGACGCUCGUUGUAAAAUGAGGUUUGGAAGCAUCAUUUUAUUCGUCGCUCUCUGCUCUUUUACCGCUUAUUAUAUUUAUGAGCCAAUUCCUGAGGAGAUAGACGAGAGAUGGAAACUCAUGCUGACCAACUCUUUCUUCAGAAGUCUCAGCAACCUGGCAGACCUCAGUGAAUUACUGGGGCUGAAGGACUACAUGGGGGUGAUGUACUUCAUCACUCUGGCUGAAAAGGUAGUGCCUGUUUCUGACGAGCAUGUCAAGGUGACCGAAGAGAAAUUUGAUGGAGUGGAGGUGGUGCUGUACCAGCCUAAGCAGAGGGGCGGUGAAACUGAGCUCAGGAGAGCUGUCAUAUACCUGCACGGUGGAGGAUGGUGUCUGGGUAGUUCCCGGAUGAGUCCAUAUGAUCUACUGGCCAGAACAAUUGUCACUAAGCUAGAUGCAGUUGUUCUUUCUGUUGAGUACCGACUUGCCCCGGCUCACCACUUCCCUGUCCCAUAUGAGGAUGUUUACCAUGUGGUUAAACACUUCCUCCAGAAGGGGGUGCUGGCCCGGUACUCUGUGGACCCAGGACGCAUUGCUGUGUCUGGGGAUAGUGCUGGGGGCAACCUGGCAGCUGCAGUCUCCCAGCAGUUGCAAAGAGAGCCUGGACAGCAGGCUCAGUUAAAGGCCCAAGCACUCAUCUACCCUGUACUGCAGGCUUUGGAUCUUAACACGCCUUCCUAUCAGCAAAAUCAGGACAUGCCCAUUCUGCCCCGCACCCUCAUGGUGCGUUUCUGGAGUGAGUACUUUACCAGCGACAAGGCCCUCUUCAGAGCCAUGAUGGCCAACACCCACAACAACCCUGAGUCUUCCCGCCUGCUGAAGUUUGUCAACUGGAGCGCAUUUCUGCCAGAAACCUAUCAUAGAAAAUACAACUAUAGUGCUCCUGCUGUUGUGCAGGGAGUCGGAGGGGAGGCAAUUGGGAUGGAUGUACCAUCUAUUGCUGACCCGAGGGCAUCACCCCUGCUGGUUCCAGACUCUGCCUUGCGCUCUCUGCCCAAGGCCUACGUUCUGACAUGUGAGUAUGAUGUUCUUCGAGAUGAUGGGAUCAUGUAUGUUACACGGCUCCGUGCUGCUGGUGUUGAGGUGACACAUGAACACUAUGACACAGGAUUUCAUGGAGGACUGAUGUUCACUGUGUGGCCAACUGACUUCCUGAUUGCACGUCGCAUGACCGACAACUAUAUCAAAUGGCUUGAGGAAAACUUGUAAAAACCUCUUGACUAUCAAUAUUCAUUCCAGCUUUUCAACACAAUGCACCAGUGUUUGCUUAGGUGCAACUUGUUCCCAUCUGGUGUUCAAGUUCUUGUUGUUUAUUUAAAUCUUUUUGUUUCAUCAUGCUAUUUCUCUGUAAAUAUAUUGAGUAAUAUAUCAACUUCUUCUGUUUUGCCACUCAUGGAUUUUACCUCAUUAGAUACCAAUAAGAAACAGGAUUUUGAAAGAAUAGUUAAAUAAAAGUAGCUGGCUAGCUGACCUUUGGUGGUGCUGUUCAUUGUAUCCCAUCACAGGACCUUCUACCUGAUCUUAUAUCCAUUGCAUGAGAAUCAAUACUUUAAAUUAGCAAUGCAUGCCACCAAAGAAAUCUGAGCUAUCCCAUCUGGGAUUUUAAGAAGUAUUGGCAAAGGAGGAAAGGAUUUUCACAACAGCAACACUUUAAGAACUUCAAAACUUAUGUUCAGUUUGCAGCUAAUACUGAAACCUAAGAUUGUUUAGAUGUGUUUGCAAAACUAUAACUGUUGCAUAAUGGUUGCUGACAUUGCAUUAAAGAUUUGUUGAUGUAACACUGUUUUCCGAGAACUAGCCCUUAGUUGUGUAAUCCAUAAAAAUGUGGUACACAGGCAGAGGCUUCUUGGUAUUGUAAAUUAUUUAAAUUGCAGAGUGAAUGGUAUCUUCAUCAGCACAACAUCUAAGUUCAAUUUCCACAUACUUUACGGAGUAAAAAAAAAAAUAUUAUCUGGAGUCUUAUUUGCAUUACAA